UAGGGGAUCGCUAAUCAACUUUAGCCUAAUUUCUAAUAUUGAUUGCUAUUACCACCACACCACACUAAUAUUUAGUGCGGAGUUCAUCAUCAGUUAUAGAUAGUUACAGACAGACAGACAGACAGUGGGGGAAUAACCAUUACUGACUUCUUUUUCGUUAGACCAUCCAUCGACUAAACUAUAUAUAUCAUAACAACAUAACACAAAGCAAUUUCAAUUCCAAUUUCAUUCAGAUUCAUCUUACCCGUUAGGCUCAGAUUAACUUAUCCAAGAUCCUUUGUCAUUUAUUUAUUAUAAUUUGCUUGUUUAUCCCUGUAUGUUAUUUCCCCAAAUAACUGUUAAUUUAUCGUGUUUUUGUAUCGUAUAAACGAACAAUCAUUACUCCUAAUUACAUUCUCAAUCACAAAAUUCCCAUUUUGGUCUGUUUCAAUAAGGUAUUUCCCAUCUUUUAAUUUCUCACAUAUAUAUCCUAUUGUUUUGAUCCAGUCACCUAUGGAAUUAUCGACGGCCAAACUGACAACCCCAACAACCACUCCCACAGACCCAGAUGCCGAAUAUCUCAACCAACAUCCCGUAAAUAAUCAACCUCAAAUCUUAAGUUCUCCUCUUCAAAAAUUACAAGAACAAGUAGCUAACGCAAAAUCAAAUCUUUCAUCUCCAUCCAGAUCAAAUCAUAAUUCUCAAGACGAUAUAAUAGAUCAUAAUCCAAUCAUAUCUGAUCCCAUACACCACCAUCAUCAUCAUCAAGACGAAGAAGAACCAUACCAUGAUAGUUCAAUUGAAGAAAUCAAUAAUAUGAAUAGACCAAUCCAUAACAUCAUUAAUAAUAAUCCUAUCGCUUAUUCUCAAGAUCGAGAAAGUAUUUACUCUUUUGAUUCAGUUAGUACCAAUGGAAGAUUACUCGAUAGAUUAGAUAUCGAAAAUGAAGAUAUUUUAGAAGAUGAAUAUGGUUUAACCAAACGUGAAAGUAGAUCAUCUCUUCAUUCUACCACAAGAUUAUUUGAAAAGUUAGAUCUCGAAAAUAAUAAUAAUAUUAAUAAUAUUAAUGAAAAUAAAUUAAGAAGAGCAAACACAUCUAGCAUAAAUCCUCAUAGAAUACCGAAUGCCAAUAAUCUUACAUCAAUUAGAGAGCUUAAAUCUUCAAGAUCAAUCCAUACUUCAAAACCAAGUCAAAUUCAUUCCAAAAGUAAUAGUGUCCAUGUCAAACAUAUUCCUAUGAAUAUUGUGUUUCAAAAUACGAAUAAUUCAGUUGGAUCAUUUAAAUCAGAUAUUGCAUCGAUUAAGAAAGUUGGUUCAGCAUCAAGUACUUCCUUAGCAGCUAUAAAUCAAAAUCAACCCCCAUUACCAACUCAACCCCUUCCUGAUCUCUUAAAUUCAAAAGCAUAUUCCAACUCCACAUUAUUAUUAAACUCAAACAAACCAGAAAUGUUACAUCAAUCUUAUUGGCAAGGCCUGAGUUCAGGUUCAAACUCAGAUUUAUCAGAUUCCCAACCUAUGCAAAUGUCAAAUUCUCAAGGAUCUAAUAGAAGUGGGUUAGCAAGAACACCAUCUGCUCCUGUUAUAAGAAAUAGAGAAAUGACAAAAGCAGCAACUGAUCCUGCCUUACCUACUUUUUCCACCACUCCAGAAUCAUCACCAAGAAGAAUUUUAUCUGAAGGUUCAUCAUCAGCAGGAUCAACCCCAACUUCAAAGUCAUUAUCUCAAUUCCAAACUUCCCCAUCAUCAGAUCAUUUAUCAGCUAGUCAAAGAACAAAACUCGCUUUACAAUUAAGAUCUUUAGGUAAACAUCGUGAAGCAUCUUAUCAACUUCAAAUAGCAGCAAAUACCCCAUUUAAUUUUCCUCAAGCUAUGUAUCUUUAUGCCCUUGCCCUAAGACUGGGGCAAGGAGUGAAACAAAAUGAUGUUCAUGCUAUUAAAUGGUUAUGUAAAUGUAUAAUGAGUCAUAGUUCUCAUUUGCAAAAUGCAUCUUCAGCAUCCGUAUCUUCAUUUAUGGAUAAAUUACAUCAACUGAACUCCCAAAUAUUGGUAGGUCUGAUUGUAAAGAAUCUUGAUAAUACAGUUGAUAAAGAUUAUUAUAAAAAUGGAUCUGAUCCUAAUCUUUUAUGUGAUUUAUUUUCAAAAUUAUCCAAAGCCCAAAUUGCUAAAGUUAUUACCGUUACUAAAAAUCAAUCAGAUACCCUUGCGUUAUGUUAUCAUGAGUUAGGUAAUUGUUUAAUGAAUGGUUAUGGAUUAGAAGCUAGAGAUGAAAUCAGUGGUAUUAAAUGUUUUGCUAAAGCUGGUUCAUUAGGUCAUAUACCUUCAAUGAUAAGUUUAGGUGAAGCAUGGUCAAAUAAGACAAAAUAUCAUAAAAAGGAUCUUUUCCAAGCCGCUGCAUGGCUAAGAUUAGGUGAAAUCUUUGGGGUAAAAUCAAUUGGUAAUAGUUGGAUAUAUAAAGAAAAAUAUGUUUCUCAAAAAUCAGUUUAAUAAUACUCUUAAUAUUAAAUAUUAAUAAUUCUAUAGACUCAAU